CAUGCGUCAUGACACGAAUCGAAAUCAUAAUUAUACACUUUUAUUCUUUACUUAUAUAUACACGAAUACGAGACGCGUGUUAGAGUUAACCUCAAAAAUUAUAUCUGCGACCACGUUUGGAAAGUAAAUCUAUAUAUUAAAUAACAUAAUAAUGACUAAAACGAAUAUGGUUAAAAACAUGAAAAAACGAUCAGCAAGUGAGUUUGAGGCAAUUGAAAAAAAAACAGAAAUAUCAGGAAAUUUUAAUAAAAAUCAUAAGAAAAAGAAACUAGAAAAUGGAAUAGUACAAAAUGGACAAACAAAUCAACAAGUUAAAAAGGACAUACCUAAAAAAUUCAAAAAUGAAAAGAAAAAAGAUCAUGAUUCAAGAGUUGUUCAAGAUUGUAAUAUAAAAGAAAUAACUGAAAAUAAUCCACAGAAAAAUAAGAAACAGAUAUCAAAUAAAGAGAAUAAAUUAGAAAUAUUAAAAAAGAGAGAAGAAUAUCGUAAAAAGCGUAAAGCAAAUAGGCAGAUGAAGCAUGAAAUAAAUCGUAAUUUAUCUGUUGAGGAAAUAAAAAAGAAAAUUCAAUUAAUAGAAGCUCGACAAAAUCUUACAAAAAGUGCUAGGAGAAAACUAGCAGCACUUAAAAAAAGAUUAAGAAUGGAAGAAGGAGUAGAUAAACCUAAACAAAUUAUAAAAAAAGAGACAGAAAAUAUAAAAAGUGAAAAAUCAAUAGAAUUUGUUAAAAAGAAACAACUACAAAGCACUGAACAAAAAAAAAAAUUGCAAGAAAAAUUAGAGAUUAAGUCAAAUGAAAAUAAAAAUAAAAAUGUUAAACAAAAUAAGACAUUAACAUCUUUAAAACAAAAAAAUGAAGAUGAUGAUGAUAGUGAUGAAGAUAAGGAAGAAAUUGAAAUGGAUGAAGAUGAAGAUGAAAGUAAUAUAGAAGAUGAGGAAGAGGAUGAUGAUGAGGAAGAUGAGGAAAAUGAGGAAAAUGAGGAAGAUGAGGAAGAUGAGGAAGAUGAGGAAGAGGAAGAGGAAGAGGAUAAUGAUGAGGAUGAUAAUGAUGAUAAUGAUGACAAUGACAAUGAUGAUAUAGAAGAAAAAAAUGAAAAAAAUGAGAAUAAUAAGCAACAUGAAGAUAAUAAAAUUAAAAAAAGUAUGCAAGAUUUAAAAGAAAAAGGAAAAUCUAUAAAUAUAGAGGAAGAAAAUAAAAAGAAAAGAUAUGUUCUUUUCAUAGGAAAUUUACCAUAUAAUAUUACUAAUGAGGAACUUAAAAAACAUUUUUUGACUAAAGUCAAUCAAAUAGUUGAUAUUAGGAUACCUAAGAAAGAUGCAAACACAGCACGUGGAUUUGCUUACAUUGAACUGGCCAAUAAUACAGAUUAUGAGAAAGCACUUUCACUCAAUCAUUCAUUUAUUAAUGGGAGAAGGAUAAACGUGCAAUAUUCUGGAAGCAACAAAAAAGUAGGUGUUGUUAAAAAUUUUAAAUUGCAUGCUCUACAAAAGGCAGGAAAAUUAGCAGGUGGAAAUAACAGAAACAUUCAAAAACAUGCUGGAAAUAAAGGAAAGCAAAAUAUGCGAAUGACAAAAACAUAAUCAAUAGAAUUAAUUUGAAAUAAA